UCACCCGCCAAUAGGAUCGCAGGAUUGUGGCACCAUCAGCGAUCAGAGGAAGAGUCCUCGAACUCGUCAUGUUUCGCUUUAUUGCUUGUUUUGUUUCUGUAUAUGGAAUAGAUAUUUCCGGUUAUUGAAGCCUGAUGUGUCCAGAAGCAGCUUCAGGACAGAGAAGAUCACAUGACCAGCGGCUGAAAGCAAACCACUAUUUUGAGCGAUGAAUUAUUCGAGGCAGUGAAGUUUUACAGGACGAGGACAACAACCAUGUCAUCCAAAUCCUCCCUUCUGAAAGUGAUUCUGCUGGGCGACGGCGGCGUGGGCAAGAGUUCGCUAAUGAACCGCUACGUCACCAACAAGUUCGACGCGCACCUCUUCCACACCAUCGGCGUGGAGUUCCUCAACAAGGACCUGGAGGUGGACGGGCGUACGGUCACGCUUCAGAUCUGGGACACGGCGGGACAGGAGCGCUUCCGAAGCCUGCGAACGCCGUUCUACCGCGGCUCCGACUGCUGCCUGCUAACCUUCAGCGUCGACGACAGCCAGAGCUUCCGCAACCUCGUCAACUGGAAGAAGGAGUUCAUCUAUUACGCGGACGUCAAGGAGCCCGAAAGCUUCCCGUUCGUGCUUCUGGGAAACAAAGUAGACGUGAUUGAGAGGCAAGUGUCGAGCGAAGAAGCUCAGGAGUGGUGCCGGGACAGCGGCGGAUACCCGUACUUCGAGACUAGCGCUAAAGAUGCUACGAAUGUGGCGGUUGCGUUCGAGGAAGCCGUGAGACGAGUCUUGGCUUUGGAGGAGCGACACGAGCACUUGAUUCCUACAGACACCGUUAACCUGCACAGAAAGCCGCGCGGAUCCUCGCCGUGCUGUUAAUCAGCGG